AUGAGCUCCAUUGUUCGUUCAGAAGUCGAACAAAUGGACAAUGAGAUCAACGUGCGAUCGACUCGAGCCCGAGCUCGCAAGCGCGAAAAGAUAUCCAACGCCUGUAUCGCCUGUCGCAACAGCAAGACUCGCUGUUCAGGGCGCCAUCCUUGUGAAAGAUGCAUUAGACGUAAUGAAACUUGCGUCUUUGAGGAGAAAGAAAAGAAAGUAGCAGUAUCUGUAGAUUACCUCGACCAAUUACACGCUCGCAUCGAGUCACUUGAGGCUCAAUCACGCUCCGUCCAAGGUCUAAACUCGACCACUGAAGCCCUCUCAUCAGGUUCAAUGCAGCUUAAUGCGCGCUAUCCAUCGAUAAAUCCUCCACAAAGCCCCUUGGGCGAAACUAGGACGCCGUCGAGAUCGGAGUCCAGUUCUCUUACAAAUACCCUUGUCACUUCCGAGCCACAGAUCAAGGUCCAUCGCUACGGACAUGCCGGUGCGUCUGCCGUUUUCUACCUUGAAGAAACUGACAUGCUUACCGCAUUAGCCUACCUUGGGCACAGCUCAACUCUCAGCUUCAGUCGCAAUGUCCGCAACCUUCUUCAACGGUCAUCCCCAAUCGCAGAUCCUGGGAGCGUAUCUAUGGAACGGCAGGACAUAUCUUAUACACGAACACUGCCGCCAAUAGCUCUCGAUCUGUCAGGCAUCGCAUUGCCAAAGCUCUCUUACGCUGAAUACUUGACCAACACAGUGAUUGUGCACAUCGGUUCUCUCUACUCCAUAUUUGAUGCAGACGUGUUUCUUCAAAGACUGAGGAGAUUUUACGACGAUCGUGACAAAGAUUUGGAGAUUGAUGCAAGCCUAUGGCACAUUCAGAUGCUACUUAUACUAGCAUUCGGCAAGUCGAUACAGUCUAGAGAACACUCUGAGAUGGGCCCCUCCGGAAUGACAUACUUCACACUUGCCAUUGAAGCUAUGCCAGAUAUAAGAAGACUCUACGAGGAUCCUUUGUUGUCAAUUGAGGUUCUUUGUUUGGCUGCUUUGUUCAUGCAUGCGACCGAUCUCCUACAGGAGGCCUACGUCACGAUUGGUCAAGCCCUGCGAAUUUCUGUCACCAAAGUUCUGAACAAAAGGUUUCCGGAAGCUUUGAGAUCCUCAAACUUUGAGUACCAAAGACGUCUCUGGUGGACAGUAUACUGCAUCGACAGAAAGUGCGCGGCAAUGCUAGGCAGUCCGUCUGUCAUGAGAGACGAUGACAUCUCAAUCCCGUUCCCAGAAAUAAAGCCAGGAGAUGAGUCGCAAAACGCAUUCGCUAUCCAUGCGAUCCUUUCUUCUCAUCUCGGCAAGAUCCUUGAUGCCAUAUAUGGAGUACACGAUCAUCAGCGGAGUUUCCUUCUUGAAGUGAAGUCAAUUCUUUCUCGUAUUGCAGAAACCUACGUUAUCCUACGUCAACAUCUUCCGUUAGAUGUCCAGCAACCAAGCCAACCAGUUUCUCGCGAGCCUGUUCUCUUCUCACUUCUCAAGCCUCUUCUAGCAUCAAAUGCUCCCAUACCCGAUGGUCGCCACUCUUCGUCGCCAUUUGAGUCGAUGCUGAAGAUGUGCAUCGAGUCUGCUGUCCAAAUUCUCAACAUCAUGUCAAUUCUGAAGCAACAGAUGAUGUGCGAUAUCUUCUUGCCAUAUGAUAUCGAUGCACUCUUUUCGGCGGCCUUCGCUUUGAUCCUAAUCGAUAUCAUCCGGCCAGCAAAUGAGCUGCUUUGGGACUUGCCCCAGGUUAUGAACCUACUUGGCGAGUUUGUAUCACGGCGUGUAGCUCCAGCGCAAGCCUACAGGUCCGAUCUCGUGCAAAUCUUAGAGCUACAUACUAAGUUACGAGGGAACAACUGCCGCCAGCAUCAGGACACUGGGACCAUGUUCAAUAUGAGUCUUGUUCCUGGCCUGGACGAAUAUGCUAUAACCCAGCCGGGGCAGUUGGGUAUAUCACCUGACCCAUUGUGGGCAAACAUAAGAGAUGGAAAUGUAGCUGGAGAUCCCGCGCACCCUAACACAAUCCUUUCAGUGAUUGAUGAUCUGAACGUGGAAGGUUUUGAUAUAUCAGAUACUGAUAUGCUUGAUAAUGCGUGGAUGUGGGAUAUGGACGAUAUGUCAACAAACAUCUAA